CCACGUUCCCAGCCGUCUUGUGACGGGGGGCAUCAUGGCGUAGCGAUGUGGACCCACGGCUGCACUGGUCGACACGGAGAAGUUCACGAACGAGCCACUCGACAUUUUGGGGAUUUAGGGAAGCUUUUAAACCGACUUAAACGGCGAAAAAGUUAGGCCAGUGUCUGGUUUUUUUUGGGAGUCUGAAGAUGAUGGCGGAUGCCAGCGACAUGUUGGCAGCUGCUCUUGAGCAGAUGGAUGGCAUUAUAGCAGGAUCCAAGGCUCUUGACUACUCCAAUGGGUUGUUUGACUGUCAGUCGCCCAGCUCUCCUUUCAUGGGCAAUUUACGGGCUCUUCACCUUUUGGAAGACCUAAGAGGCAUUCUGGAGCUGCUGGACAAUGAUGGACGGAACAGUCUUCGCUGCCAGAUCCCUGACUCCACAGCUGAAAGUCUGGUCGAGUGGCUCCAGGGUCGCCUGUCCAACGGGCACCUCUCGAUGGGAGGUGGUGACCACUACCAGGAGAGGCUUACCCGACUUGAGAGUGAUAAGGAGUCCCUGGUGCUUCAGGUGAGUGUGCUAACAGACCAGGUGGACGCUCAAGGAGAAAAGAUUCGGGACCUCGACUUUUGUUUGGAUGAGCACAGGGAGAAGCUCAACACAACUGAGGAGAUGCUACAGCAGGAACUUAUGUGCCGAACAGCCCUCGAGACCCAAAAGCUGGAGCUUGUAUCUGAAUUGUCCAACCUAAAGUUAAAACUGAAUUCCUUCCAGACAGAGAGACUGGAGUUUGAUGAACGAUUUCGGGACAGUGAGGAUUUAAUUGUGGAGAUGAAUGAAUUGCGGUAUAGAUUGACAGAGCUGGAGAGUGAAAAGCAACAGUAUGAAAAGAAACUUAAAACAACAAAGGAGGAGAUCGUCAUACUGAGAAGGGAGCUGGAGGGCAAAGAUGGAGAGAUGGGCACACUGAAAGAUGAGACGGGCUUCAAAGCCAUGGCCUUAAGCAGUGCAGAUCCUACAGAGAGAGAUGAAACUCUUAGAAAGAGGCUGAAAGAAAAACAUGUGGAAGUACAGCGAAUGAAGAAGGCAGUUGAAUCGUUGAUGGUGGCCAAUGAACAGAAGGACCAUAAGAUUGAGGACCUGAAGCAGUCACUGAUGAGAUACAAGAAAGUUCAGGACAUGGUGAUGUCAGUACAAGGAAAAAAAGAUAAUCCUAAUGAUAAUGAGCAUGCAGAGUCUCCUACUGAUGUUUCCACUUCCUGCUUGUCAUCAAACCAAGUGUAUGUAGACAAAAAUGUGCUUACAGAUGCUGAAGAGCAAAGGAAGAUUGCAGAUGAGCUGGAGAUCCUUAAUGGGCUGUGUGACGAUGUUUCAACCACAUCCAGCCCUUCUGAUCCUGAACAAGUCACAGAAUCUGCACCUUCAGAUAUACAUAGCAGUCAACAUACAAGCAAGUCUGUCAGCCAUGAGCUAGUAGAAAGGAGCAAAAAUGAGAAGAAUACAUGUGAGGACAUCAUUCAAAUAGGUGAGAAGCCACCAUUGAGUUCCCCGGCAGCCUCCCUCAUGACCACAGAAGACGACAGCUUUGGCUCCAAAAAGGCCCGCUCAUCUUUCGGGAAGGGCUUCUUCAAGCUGCGCGGUGGCAAGAAGACCGGAAGCUCCCAGAAUCUUGACCGCAGCCGCAGUGCAAGUGCGCCUAUGCUAGCUGAGACCGAACGCCAAGGCACUGAUCACUUAGAUCUGGCCGGGCUGCCUCAGAGGUCGGCCAACAGCGACAGCACUCACACACUCCCCACCACCCCAGAGGGCAAGAAGAAGUCUAAAGGAAUUAAGAAACUAUUUGGCAAGCUUAAGAGAAGCCAGUCCACAACAUUUAACCUUGAUGACAACCCCCCAGUUGGAGAUUUUAAAAGGGGGGGGGUGCGAGCCACAGCUGGACCCAGACUAGGUUGGUCUCGGGAUUUCCAGCGAGUCAACAAUGACGUGGACGCUCCCUUCGCACGCUGGCCGAAGGACCAGGUGUGUGACUGGCUGCAAGAGCAAGGUCUUGGUCUUUACGUGAACAUGGCACGUGUGUGGAUCUCUUCUGGACAGACAUUGCUUCAGGCCUCCCAACAGGACCUGGAGAGGGAGCUGGGCAUCAAACAUCCGCUGCACCGGAAGAAGCUGCAGCUGGCUCUGCAGGCUCUUGGCUCAGAGGAAGAGGACAACAAGGGAAAGCUGGACUACAACUGGGUGACCAGGUGGCUAGACGACAUCGGGCUGCCACAGUAUAAGACCCAGUUUGAUGAGGGACGUGUCGAUGGUCGCAUGCUGCACUACAUGACUGUGGAUGACCUGCUUUCCAUGAAGGUGGGGAGCGUCCUGCACCACCUCAGUAUCAAGAGAGCCAUCCAAGUGCUGCGACUCAACAACUAUGAGCCCAACUGCUUGCGACGCAGACCAUCUGAUGAGAACAAUAUUUCCCCUGCUGAGAUUUCCCAGUGGACCAACCACAGGGUCAUGGAGUGGCUGCGCUCUGCAGAUCUGGCUGAAUAUGCUCCCAACCUGAGAGGUAGCGGUGUGCACGGAGGCUUGAUGGUUUUGGAGCCAAGGUUUAACGUGGAGACCAUGGCACUGUUGUUGAACAUCCCUCCCAACAAGACGCUGCUGCGUCGCCACUUGGCCACGCAUUUCAACCUGCUUAUCGGUUCAGAAGCCCAGCAGCUCAAACAAGAGUGCCUGGAAAACCCAGACUAUACUCUGCUGACUGCCACCACCAAGGUCAAGCCCAGGAAACUGUCGUUCGGUAACUUCGGCAGUCUGAGGAAGAAAAGACAGGAGGAGAGCGAGGAGUAUGUGUGUCCUAUGGACGUGGAGAUGCCGAAGGGACGAAGUUUUCAAAAAGGCUUUGAGCUCCAGAUCUACGAGGAUGACCUAGAUAGACUGGAUCAUAUGGACGACUCUGAGGGAACUGUCAGACAAAUUGGAGCUUUCUCCGAGGGAAUCCAGAACCUGACGAGCAUGUUGAAAGAAGACGAAUUUUUCAAGGAGAUGUCGAACUCCCCCAACCUCAGCGUGACAGAUGACGACUCCACUGCAUGAGACUGUCGGCACCAUGUGACCUGGUCCUGCUGUGAAAAACAACAGAGAACACUCGCACACUCUUUGCUCAAUAGUGGUUUGUUAGCGUUCCAUUCAGUAAUGAGCCAUACCGUUCUUCAUCAAACUAGUGUUAGUCGCUUAUUUGUGUCUCCAUUGCUGCCAAAAGACGGACGGAGGGAACAUUUAGGACAACGCCACUGCCUGCCAGCUGGUUUCUGGAAAUAUUUUCUACUAAGUUAUGUGCUGGCAUUUUUUUGUGUGUUUGUUUAUCAAACGCAAAGUCGAGAAGACGCAACUAUGCCAAUGUAAAUGUCUUUUAAAUGACCUCCUUUGUGUAGAUUAGGUGACAAAUGAACGUCAUUGACAAAGGGGAGUUAGUUCUAUGACAGCUGCUAUCUUUUCUACAAAAAAUACCUGUCUAGUUCAAAGUAAGUUGUCAUAUAUUUUAUAUUACACUGAACAUUGCAACAAUAAUAUUCUGCAUGCGUUUGCACCAAUACAUACAAUAAAGUACAAACCUAAUGCAGAUUGAGCUGAAACAUUAAUAUAAAGCAUUGCUGCGUUUUUCUCGUUUUGACUUCCAUUGUUUUUUCAUAGAAAUCUGUCACCUUUUCCGCUUAAAAUAGCUGUCGUAUUCAGUAGUGACCAUAUACUGUAAUGCACCCACUGACAUGACAGAGAAGAUGGAUAAUUUCAUGCUAUUUCUAAUUCAAAGAUCAAUAAAGUAAUUUAAAUUGA